AAAGACAGAAUUUAGUAAAAAUGUACAAAAAGGAGAAAUCAUUAGUUUUAGUGUCAAGUGUUUCCCCUUUUGCUAAGAAUUUGAGUGUUAUUUACGAGAAGAACACAUCAAUACAUAUUUGUUCGUCACAUAAGUUUCGCUUUAAUGUAAUCACUCUUAACACUGAAAACAAGGAUAAAGACGUUCAAGAAAUUUGCGUCGAUUCUGACAAAGAAGCUGUUGAUAAAGAUUAUAUAUUACAGAUUAAAUGGGUGGCAUUAAAUGAGAAAAUCUUCUUGGUCAUUCUUCUGCAAAAUGGUCUUAAGGCCCAUAACUGAUUUAGCGUCAAACGAGAAGAAUAUUCUGGUUAGUUGUGACGAUAGCGGGAAGAUAUGGGUUUGGGAUUAUAUCGAUUCUCGUUUGCAACAAACUGUUAGCUUUGAAGGCUAUAACGGAUUUUCGUGCAAUUGUUUGGCAUUUUACAAGAAGUACGUGUUGGCCGGCUAUGGUUCCGGUCAUCUAAGAGUGUUUGACAUAAACAGUAAACUAUUAAUAAGUGAGAUAUCAGGCCAUUCCAAAUGGGUUACAGCCAUCGAUGUGGCACCAGAUACGGGUCGGAUUCUGUCGACAUCUGAAGAUAGCUUCGUUAGGAUUUGGCAAAUGAAUGAACAAAAUGACACUUUUAAAGUGAGCCAUGAAUUUAGCCAAAACAUAGCAAACCAUAUGUUAUUCGGCGGAGUAUUUCUCGAUAAAUCCGGAAAUUCGUUUUGUGUCUCAGGAUAUGAUUCAUUGGAAUUGCAUUAUUUUUCCCAAUAAAUCACAUUUUAUUUAUUUAUUUAUUUAAAACAUUUUUAUAACAUUUCUUUUACCGAUAAUAAAUUUUUCUGUUAUUUAAUCACAGAUUUUAAUCACAAUUCUUUAGCAAUUACUACACAAUAAAUAUAAUGUAUAUAUUUAGGCUAUUUUACAACUCGUCCU